GCUUCUCAGUCAAGUAGUCAGGCAAAGUCAGCUGUUAAUUUCCAGUGAGUUGGUGUCGCACCCGACCAUCCGUGGCUUCUGGGUUUGUAGCCACGCUCGCUUUGGCUGCCACUCUAGCUCUCAUCCAAGUCUCGCCAAGCUCCGCAAAGCAAGCAGGUUUCUCGUGAAGCCUAAGCAUGGCGAAAUCCAAGGCGAUCCUCGUGCUGAACGCCGGGAGCUCGUCUCUCAAAUACGCCCUGUACGAGUUCGCCGAUGCGGUGAAGGCGAAGCUGGCGGUGUCGGGCCUGGUGGAGCAGAUCGGCACUCCCAAGGGCGUCAUCACGCACAAGGCGCUCGCGACCAACCAGACCGUCCACGAGAAAGCGGUGUUCAGCGACCACAAGGAGGCCAUGUCGCACGCGCUGAGCCUGAUGGGCAUCAGCAAGGGUAGCAGCGCGGUGACGGCAGUGGGGCACAGAGCGGUGCACGGCGGUGAGGAGAUCAACCGCUCGUGCAUCAUCACGGAGCACGUGAAGGACGUGCUCAAGAAGUUCACGCCGCUCGCGCCACUGCACAACCCGCCUAACCUCCAGGGCAUGGAGGUGGCGCAGGAGCUGCUGGACUGCCCGCAGGUGGCGGUGUUCGACACGGCGUUCCACAGCACCAUCCCCCCCCACGCGUACACCUACGCCCUGCCGUACCGGCUGUACAAGGAGCUGGGCAUCCGGCGCUAUGGCUUCCACGGCACCAGCUACAUGUACCUGCUCAGGGAGACGGCCCGGCAGCUGGGGAAGAAGGAGAGCGAGGUCAACAUGAUCACGCUGCACCUGGGGGCCGGAGCCAGCAUGGCGUGCAUCAAGGAGGGGAAGUGCAUUGACACCACCAUGGGAGUGACCCCCCUGGAAGGCCUUGUGAUGGCCACUCGGUGCGGCGACAUCGACCCAGCCAUCCCCAAGAUCCUCUCGGAUCUGCAGGGCCUCUCCCCCCCUCAAAUCGACUCCCUCCUCAACAAGGAGUCUGGCCUGGUUGGAAUCUGCGGGGACAAGGACAUGAAGGCGGUAGUGGACCGCACUGAGGCUGCUGAAGCUACAUGCAUACCGGCAGGGGAUGAUCUGGAAGGGGGCGGCCGGCACCGGCUUGCUCUGGAGGUGUUUGUUCACCGCGUGAGGAAGUACCUGGGGGCGUAUCUGGUGCAGCUGGGAGGGAAGGUGGAUGCGAUUGUGUUCAGUGCGGGGAUUGGGGAGCGAUCGGCGCCAGUACGGGCCCGAGUUUGUGCAGGAAUGGAGGCGUUUGGGAUUGAGGUGGAUAAGGCGAGGAAUGAGGAGGGGAAGGGUGCUCGGGAGAUUUCAGUGGCUGGGUCGAAGAUCAAGGUGAUGGUUGUGCCGACUGAUGAGGAGCUCUGCAUUGCGCAGGAGACUCUGCGUGUGGUUAACGAAGCUCGGAAGGAAGAGUAGGUAUAUGGUCAUUAACGAAUAAACACUUGGAAUUCUUUCCUUGACAUGCGAGCUUAGUAAGGUUAUUGAUACACGCCUUCAACAUUGAAGUGUAUACCUGGAAGAGAACGUUAGAAUUUUCCAUUCCUUACCGAGCGGUACUGCUAGCGCGUACGCUCGAACACACCUGAAGCCUCGGGACUGUUCCAGACCUUCUGACAGAACCGCCUCGGUUUUUCCAGACUUUCCGGUUCGACCUUCGAGAGUUCUCCAGGCCUCGCUUCGUCACUUCGAGACCCUUCGAUCUCCUUCCCGAACCUUCCCAUCGCAUGGUUAGACUAGCUCUGGUGUUCCUAUAUCUUGGCUUGCCAUUCCUUGUAUCGUCAUUCAUUUGAGUGAACACUUCGUUAUUCAUUUCCACGCUACUCUGCUUGUGCUUAUAGGGAUUAUAGUCAAAAUUUUGGGGGUGCGUUUAAUUGGAUUUUUUUGAUAUGG